AUGAAGACUGUGGGACUGUCCCUGGGGCUGGCCCUGCUCUGCUUGCUGCGUGUGGAGGCUGAGGACUUCGAGGCUGUGGGACUGGACAAGAUUGCAGGGAGAUGGCACAUCACUGCUAUGGCCUCCAACUCCGAGAGUUACCUCCGAAACAAGGACCAGCUGAAGAUGGCCAUGGCCAACAUUGAGGUCCUGGAGGAAGGUGACCUGAAGGUGUCCUUUGCAAUUCCCACGCCAGGGAGAUGUAUGAAGUUUGAGUCGAUCUACAAGCCAACAGGCAACCCGGGUGAAUACCACAGCUCUGACAGAGGCAAUAAGACGGCACAGCUUGUGGAUACUGACGGCAAGACCUAUGCAAUUAUCUUUGCCACCAAAGAGAAGGAUGGGAAGACCUUGCACAUUUUGUCUUUAGGCAGAUCCCAGUGGGUGACACCCAAAAUCAGAGCACUGUUCAAGAGAUUUGCCAAGGUGAAAGGCUUCACCGACGAGAUGACCUGGAUACUCCCCAGGCAGGGGGAGUGCCGCCUUGAUGAGCAGUAG